AUGUUUUUUACCAAAAUCUGGCGUAGUAGUUUUCAAUUAUUUUUCAAAAUUUUGUUGACUGCUAUUGUGCUCUCAACAUGCUCAGAAGUUUUGAUUGUUUUCUCGAGUUUCUCGAAAAACAUCAUUCCAAGUUUGAAAACAGAAAUCAAAUCAAGAAAUUUAGACAUCUCUUUAGUUGAAGUUGUUUAUUGUGAUUUUUCAGCUCUUGAAGAAACAAUCUCACAAAGAACUAAUUUGAUUGCAAUUUUUGAUAUAACAGACAACUUAAACAUAGAAUUUGAGAUCUCAAAGAUAUGCAUGGACAAUUUACUUAUACAUUUUUUAGCUUCUGACAGCCUUCCUUACAAAAAUAAAUUAACUUUUUCACUUUCUAGUUCAAAAGAAAAUUUACAUAGGGCUAUCAUCUCAACUCUACGCUUCUUUAAUUGAACUAUUGGAAUCGCAGUUAGUAGCGUUGAGGAGUUCGCCAAUACCCAAAUUAUGCUAAAUAAUUAUUCAGAAAAAAUUCAACUAUUUCAGUAA